UGACGGCGUGAGUGCGAAAAGACCGCGCGAUAGAUCGACGACAUCGAGACGUCGUGAGUCGGCGACGGCGCGGAUGACUUUACCGGCGCGCGCGUCCACGUCAACGUUCGUGCGCGGAGCGGCGACGACGAGCGAUGGGAACGCGGUGCGUCAAGCGAGAUACAUCGGGGCGCGACGACGAUCGUCGCGCGCGCGGGCGGUGAUGCCGGAGACGCUGGAAGCGUUGCCAACGUCGCCGACGACGGCGGGCGCCGCGUUGGGACUGGCGGGCGCCGCGUUGGGCGCCGCGGCGGCGUUGCGAGGACGACUCGGCGGUGGCGCGCGCGGCGGUAACAGUAACGCGCAAGCCGACCGAAGUAGCCGAACGGCGAUGACGCGAGGGACGGGAGAAUCAGACGAGAGCAAGGGAAGGCGGUAUCUCAUUGCGCCGCCGCCGCUGUUUCCACUCGUACCGGCGUUCGCGCGGCAGACGUACAGGUACGAGGUCGACCCGGGACGGAUGUGGUUUUUCGAGCAAAAGCAAGGGAUCGGGUUGGGGUUGAAUGUGAGCGUAAACGUGCGAAUGACUGUGAUCAAAUUGAAAACCGGCGGGUUGUGGGUGCACGCGCCGGUGGCGCCGACGGCGGAGAUGGUCGCGCUGUUGGACGAGCUCGACGCCCCCGUUGAGCACGUGGUUUUGCCCACGACUUUGUUCGAGCACAAAAUUUUCGUCGGGCCGUUUCAGCGCAAGUACCCGAAGGCGCAGUGCUGGAUCGUCCCACAGCAGUGGAGUUGGCCGAUAAAUUUACCCCCGCAGUUUUUCGGCAUCAACAAGACCGGAACUUUAGGACAAGAUCGUCCGCCGUGGGACGACGAGUUUGAGUACGAGCUCUUAUCACCGCCCGCUCUCGGCGUUGCGUCGUACGUCUCGUUUAUCGAAGCGGCGUUUUUGCACAAGCCAUCAAAGACGCUGCUCGUUACGGACGCCGUGGUGUACGUGAGCGAGAACAUCCCCGACUGCAUUCCAGAUAGAGAUUUAGAAGAGAGCGGGGACGACGAUAACUUCACAAUCAGCGCGUUGAAGUUUUUGAACUUGUUCGACAUAAAGACCAAGGCCCUGAGUCGCACGACGACGUCUAAGGACAUGAGUCGAUUGGAAUUACUGCGUUUGGGUUGGCAGCGAAACGCGUUGCAGGCGUUGUACUUUGGCCCGAAUGACUUGCUCUCCCCAGAGAAAAGUUGGCGCGAUAUUACGAAUCGUUUGAUCGUCGCCCCGGUUGUAGGUACGCUGGUGUACGAGAACGUUCCCGAGCCUGUCAACGAGUGGGCGAGACGCGUCGCGAAGUGGGACUUUAAUCGCAUCGUCCCGUGCCACUUUGACGCUCCCAUUCGUGCGGGGCCUCGGGAAUUCUCCGCCGCUUUUUCGUUCUUGCCGUCUUCUCGACCAGAAAAGGCGAAAGGGCGCGGAGGUGGUAAGUACUAUCCCAACGAAGACAUGAUCCUACUUCGCGGCGUCGCAGACUUUCUCCUCAACACGGGAGUGAUUU